AUGAAGCUGAUCCAGUUUGGCGCGCUGCGAGAGGACCGCGUGACCUGCGCGUCUGGUGACGGCUGUGACUCGUCGCGUCGCGCACGUGAUAUCAAUUUUACCUGCCGAUCGCACUUUCGAUAUUCAUCGCAACUCUCAUCUCCCCUUAUCGCGUCGAGUUCAAGGAUAUUAGACACCCUCUUCGACCGCCUUAACGUCCACAUAGAUAUGGCCGAAAUCCAUGAUCAAUUCGAUACCAUUCUCAUCUUGGAUUUUGGGUCUCAGUACAGCCAUCUAAUUACAAGAAGGUGUCGCGAACACAAUGUCUACGCCGAGUUGAUGCCUUGCACGACCAAACUUCAGGACGUCAACUUCAAGCCCAAAGGAAUCAUCUUGUCUGGAUCGCCAUAUUCUGUAUACGAUGAGGGUUCUCCGCAUGUAGACCCCGCCGUAUUCGAUCUCGGAGUUCCGAUAUUGGGAAUAUGUUAUGGGCUUCAAGAAAUAGCCUGGAAUCUCGCAGGAGAGGUGUCGAAAUGCGACCAUAGGGAGUACGGUCCGGCUGAUAUUAUCAUCAACAAAUUUGGGAAUGGCGCCGUUGACGCUCUCUUUGAGGGGUUCGGGGAGGAGAUGCGGGUUUGGAUGUCCCACGGAGAUCAACUUUCCAAACCACCUCCGGAUUUCCAUGUAAUUGGACACACAAGGACCGCGCCGUAUGCCGCACUCGCACACAACUCGAAGCCAUUGUACGGAAUUCAAUUCCACCCAGAAGUUACACAUUCACCGAACGGAAAGGCCGUUAUUGGAAGAUUUAUUUUGAAUAUCUGCGGUUGCCGUCAGAACUGGACUAUGGAGGAAUUCAUAGGAAAGGAAAUCGCGCGUAUUCGCGAAAUAUGCGGACCGAAAGGACGUGUUAUUGGAGCAGUUAGCGGUGGGGUCGACAGCACUGUUGCGGCGAAAUUAAUGCACGAAGCUAUUGGAGAUAGGUUCCACGCUAUCAUGGUCGACAACGGUGUCCUACGGCUGAACGAAGCCGAGCAGGUGAAUGUCAUGCUCAACAAGGACCUCGGGGUCAACUUGACCGUCGUCGACGCCUCCGAGUUGUUCUUGUCUCGCUUAGCCGGAAUAGAGGAUCCGGAGCAAAAACGAAGGAUAAUCGGCAAUACGUUUAUAAACGUUUUCGAGGCCGAGGCGACAAAAAUCGAGGCCGCAGCUGAGGAGGAAGAGAAGAAAGGUGCCGAAGCAAAGGGUCGUGUCGAAUGGCUUCUCCAAGGAACCCUCUACCCGGAUGUAAUCGAGAGCAUCAGCUUCAACGGACCAAGUGCGACAAUCAAGACUCAUCAUAAUGUCGGUGGUCUUCUCAAAGACAUGAAGCUCAAGCUUAUUGAACCUCUACGAGAACUCUUCAAAGAUGAAGUUCGUGCUCUUGGGCGUCUUCUUUCAAUCCCCGCACAAUUGGUUGGACGUCACCCUUUCCCCGGUCCAGGACUUGCGAUUCGUAUCCUUGGUCCUGUCACUCGCGAUCAAGUCAAGAUCCUUCAAUUAGCAGACAACAUCUACAUCGAGGAAAUCCGAAAAGCCGGACUGUAUGACCAAAUCGCACAGGCGUUCGCGGUGCUCCUACCUGUGAAAGCCGUGGGUGUUAUGGGAGAUCAAAGGACGUAUGAGCAGGUCAUCGCGCUUCGUGCUGUGCAGUCUGAAGACUUUAUGACGGCUGAUUGGUUUUCGUUCCCCGCCGACGUGCUGCGCCGUAUCUCGUCCCGCAUUACAAACGAAGUCGCUGGUAUCAAUCGUGUCACCUAUGACAUCUCCUCGAAACCACCUGCAACGGUUGAGUGGUUGUGA